CAGUCGGCGUCUCCUUCCCUUCCCAAUUUUAACCAUUUCUCUCCAAAUUAUGGAGAAAACCCUAAUUUAAAUCCUUCGAAUCGGAGCCCUAAUCAAGCACCGGAGCCGUUUUCCUUGAUUCUUCGCAACAUUUAAGCCCUGAUUUCCUAUUUCCGCGACGAUCGGAACCGGGAACCCUCGGAUAAAUUUUUUUUUUUUCAGUUUUUUUUUUUUGGUUUUUUAUUUGAGGAAGACCCCCGAUUUUGAUCAUUCAUGGAUAGAGUCAUAGAAGGAGGACUAAAAUGAUCCAAUUUCUGGGGUUUUGUUUUAUUUGUUUUUGUAUGGGGGUUGAGCAAUGCCGGAGCUUCGAAAAGGAGUUCGCAGAGGCCGUGUAGCAGUAGUGGAGGGGCAGGAGCAGCAACAGGGGAAGCGGCAGAGGAAUCAGAGGCAGGCACGUGCUGCAACUGCGGCUCGACCUAGGACGAGGUUGGCCACCCAGAGGUUGAAGAAGAACGAGGAGGAUCAGCCGGUUGUUGUUGCCAGAGAGAAUCCUGUAAUUGUAAUAUCUGAGGGAGAUAGUGAUAACGACAAGCCUUUGGUGAAAAGAGAUCAAAAAGAGAAGAAGAAAAUUCCAAUGGGGGAUGACAGUGGUGGUUUGAGUGCUAACAAGGCUGGUGGCCAAGAGGAAGAGGGAAGCACGGCACCAUUUCCGGAGAGGGUUCAAGUUGGAGGAUCACCUAUGUAUAAGAUAGAAAGGAAGCUUGGUAAAGGUGGCUUUGGGCAGGUUUUUGUUGGUCGUCGUGUUAACGGUGGAAAUGAUCGUGCAACAGGUGCAGGGGCUAUGGAGGUUGCACUGAAAUUUGAACAUAGAAACAGCAAGGGCUGUAAUUAUGGUCCUCCAUAUGAAUGGCAAGUGUACAACGCUCUUGGUGGUAGCCAUGGAGUGCCCAAAGUAUAUUACAAAGGGAGGCAAGGAGACUAUUAUGUAAUGGUUAUGGACAUGCUAGGGCCCAGCUUAUGGGAUGUUUGGAAUUCUAAAGGGCAGGCGAUGUCUGCUGAAAUGGUAGCUUGCAUUGCAGUUGAGUCUUUAUCAAUCCUAGAGAAGAUGCAUUCAAAAGGUUAUGUGCAUGGAGAUGUUAAACCAGAGAAUUUUUUACUUGGUCAACCCUCUACACCACAGGAGAAGAAGCUGUUUCUUGUUGACCUUGGAUUAGCAACAAAGUGGAAGGACACUGGCAACGGACAGCAUGUUGAAUAUGAUCAACGUCCUGAUAUGUUUAGAGGAACUGUUCGAUAUGCAAGUGUUCAUGCUCAUUUGGGAAGAACUGCUAGUAGGAGAGACGACCUUGAAUCUCUUGCAUAUACUCUUAUAUUCUUACAUCGAGGCAGAUUACCAUGGCAAGGCUAUCAGGGUGACAACAAAUCCUUCCUAGUUUGCAAGAAGAAAAUGGCAAUAACUCCUGAUGUGCUUUGCUGCUUCUGUCCUGCACCUCUUAAGCAAUUUCUUGAGAUCGUGACAAACAUGAAAUUUGAUGAGGAGCCGAACUAUGCCAAACUAAUAUCAUUAUUUGAUGGCUUGAUAGGUCCAAACCCGACCUUAAGGCCAAUAAACACUGAUGGUGCUCAAAAGGUUGGCCAAAAGCGAGGUAGGUUGAACAUUGAAGAAGAUGAUGGGCAACCUAGGAAGAAGGUCCGUCUAGGAGUUCCUGCUACCCAGUGGAUUUCAGUUUACAAUGCUAGACAGCCAAUGAAGCAGAGGUUGCUGGUAUAUGAGUUUAUGCCGCGGGGAAGUUUGGAGAACCACCUCUUUAGAAGGUCCUUGCCUCUUCCUUGGUCUAUAAGAAUGAAAAUUGCACUCGGUGCUGCAAAGGGUCUUGCCUUCCUUCAUGAAGAAGCCGAACGACCAGUGAUAUACCGUGAUUUUAAAACUUCUAAUAUCUUAUUGGAUGCGGAUUACAAUGCCAAACUCUCUGAUUUUGGACUAGCCAAAGAUGGUCCUGAGGGAGAUAAAACUCACGUAUCCACUCGGGUAAUGGGCACAUAUGGCUAUGCUGCACCAGAAUAUGUGAUGACUGAAGUUCCAUUCUGCUUUGGCCCUACCAGUAGUGAACCUAGUGGUGAAGACUGGUACCAUUAUAAUGUGGCUGAUGCAAGGUUGGACCAGCAUGUGGAUAAAGGAAUGACAGAUGGUCUGCUAAUAAGUUGUGUAGCAUCUUGUAGCAAUCUUUGGGCUUUAAUUAUGGAUGCUGGAACUGGUUUCACUUCCCAAGUUUAUGAACGUUCAUCCUCUUUCUUACCCAAAGAGUGGAUCAUGGAACAAUGGGAGAAGAACUAUUACAUAAGCUCUGUUGCUGGAUCAAAUGUUGGAAGCUCCCUUGUUGUGAUGUCCAAAGGCACCCAGUACACUCAACAAUCCUAUAAAGUGAGUGAUUCUUUCCCCUUUAAAUGGAUAAACAAGAAGUGGAAGGAAGGAUUUCAUGUGACAUCAAUGGCAACUGCUGGAAGCCGAUGGGGUGUUGUCAUGUCUCGCAACGCUGGCUUUAGUGAUCAGGUGGUUGAACUUGAUUUUCUCUACCCUAGCGAGGGCAUCCACAGACGUUGGGAUAAUGGUUACCGAAUCACAUCAACAGCUGCAACCAGUGACCAGGCUGCUCUUAUCCUGAGCAUUCCUAGGCGCCGACCUGGUGAUGAAACUCAAGAAACUCUACGUACCUCUCAAUUUCCAAGCACACAUGUGAAGGAAAAAUGGGCAAAAAAUCUCUAUCUCGCCUGCUUGUGCUACGGGCGAACUGUAUCUUGAAAUUGCUACAAUCGCAGUGAUUUUAAAUGUGGGGAAAAACCUUGGAAGUUUGUUUUCCAGCACCAUCUCUUCACUCUUCCCCCAUUUUGUUUAUCUAAAACUUCCACUUCCCCUUUAAUAUUAAAUGUAAAAAGUGGUUUUAGAGGGUUUAGCUGCGUUAUCCCAGAUCCCAGCAGCAGUUUGAAGGGUACUUUAUUAAUCGUAUAUGAUGUCUGUACACGCUCAUAUCAUAUUUAAUUGAACUUAGCUUCUUUUUAAAUGCAGGAUCUCAAAUUUAAUAGCAACUACAAAUGAAUGCCAAUUUUCUCC